CACACUGACACACAUAGAGGAGCGCCCGUAAACAAACAAGAAGAUGAUAAUGCGUGCUCCCAUAAACAAGGUGUUUACAACUGGAAAGAUGCAUGUUAGCAAGAAGUAUGCAGGUAGAUGGGGUGGUAUUAGAAUACGGCGACCUAAAACGAUGAUGAAAAGACUAUCAGCUCUGGCCCUGGUUGCAUUCUUCAUUACUCUCUAUUUGAUAUUCCAAACAGGGAGGUUGCAAGGAAAGGGCGGCGGCAGGGGGAUUCACCGUUUAAAUUUAGCAGGUAUCUUCCAACAACCAACAAGAAACCCCUUUGAUAUGAAGUUUAAAGGAAAAGAACGUAUGCCGCCAACAAUUGAGAAUUUGGACAGAGCGCCUGUAAGCCACACGGCAGACUUUCUCCUGGAUUACUUCCUGACAAUGAACGUGGACGGCACUCAGAUCACCUGGCUCAGGAACACCAACACAAGAGGGUUGUUGCAACAAGCAUUAGAUGAUUAUAAAUUAAUGAUGGUUGAGGUUGAUGUCGUUGCAGAAAAUGACAAGAGCACUCAGAAUCUGACAGCUGUAGUCGCACCAUCUGAUACCAACGUCGAAUAUAAUUUAAAACUGGAAUCUUUUUUAACAUACAUUUCAACUUAUUCAAAUAAAGGUGUAAAGCUGAACUUUGACUGUUUAGAUGCAAUUAAAAUGGCUUUAAAAAGUCUGAAGGCAUUAGAGUUUGAUUUGCAUGCACCCAUCUGGUUGGCUGUUGAUGUUCUGCAUGGUCCCAACGCUGACAUAGACAAGGAACCUGUUGAUCUCCAAAAGGCAGUUGACUUGGUGAAAGAGUACUACCCUCCAAUUACACUCUCAUUAGGUUGGCAGACAGAUUGGAGUCCAGAACCAGUUGAAACUGGUUAUAGCUGGUAUCAUGUCAUCAGUAUGGCAAAAUUUUGUGUCAAAUUUCAACAGCGUGCUUCAUUCUCUAUACGUGCUGUCUAUGCUGCAGAAUCAGUACGCCAGAUUAAAUGGUUACUUAGCCUCUCAAGCCGAUUUUCGGCAGUUUUAUGGCUGGCAGAGCAUGACGUUGUAUCCGUAUCGGCAAUGGUGUAUUUUCGCAAGCAAACCGAUAAAAAAAAGAUAUUUUAUAUCCUACCAACAAAUUUCCUUGAUGAACUAAAAUUAACUGAAACUGUAGCCCAAGAAGACGGGGAUAGUAAAUUUGAUAGAACGCUGUGGAAGCCGGCUUUACUUGAUGAACAGUCGUUAGCAUUUUUAGGAAAAGAGCAGGCGGUUUUGGAAGGUGAUAAUAGUUGGCUUGUUUCAAAAGACCCACAUCAGCCCGGUAGCUCAGGUAGAACAAAUAUAGAAGUUCAUGGCAAUGUGCAAUUUGUAGAAUCGCCAAAGAAAUCAGAUAGUAUUGCAAAGUUUUCAUUAUUUAUUCGCUGCUCCGGCGUAAAUCCGCCGGAACCCAAAGACGUGCAUGGAGUUAAGCUUGUCAUUCUAAAAGACGGAACAGUCACGCUUAGUUCGCAAAAUUUAGUUAAAGCGGGGAUGUAUAAAACACAGACCUCUGCUAAGCUGCCAGAAAGCAGUUGCUUCGCAUUUAAAGUCAUUGAUUCGGGUGAGGCGCAACCAAUCCUUUGCACCAUCUCAAUAAUAAAUUGCAAAAACAGAGAGGAAGUCUCGUCUGAUAAGUCUGAAGUAUCGCUGCAUUUAAUAGCGCCGUAUGAUGAUUCUCGACAGAUGUUCUUUAUAGCGGUGACAGGUGGAAGCACUGCAGAGGCAAUUGUUGUAGAAAACCUAAUCAUAUCAUGAAUUAAUCAAUAAGCUAUGCAGUGACAGUGUGGCCUAGGUGCAACCCUACAGUGACUCCCAAUGAUUUGACAUAAUAAUUAUAUUUGAGAAAAGGGUCAGCAUUUCAUUACGAUUGUAUGAUAGGUAGACCUGGAAUAAGGCAUAUGAGCUCCUCGGAAUCAACGGCCAACCUUUGCUUAGUUUAAGGAGUAGGAUUACUUAGGUUAAGUAAUUAUUACUUUCUUGGUCCAUUUUUGUUUUACGUUUAUGUUAAGCGCAUAGAGGUCUCCACAAUAUGCAUACUAUCAGUCGACCAUUAUUAUAAUUAUUAGAGAAUUUAUCCUUUAUUGUGUCUUUGCCGCUUACAAAUACAGUAGUUAGUCAUGUACUUUCUUUAUGCUUCCUGUUAAAAUACCCAUAUAUAUAUAUAUAGUGUAUAUUCAUUAGUACUUUUUCCCAUGAUAUACUACGAGGUCAUCGUAUCCAAAUAACGAUAUUUAAUUUAUUUGAUUGCUAUUCCCUAAUAUUGUGAUCUAAAAGCACAGAUUGGGCCGUCCUCAGCCAUAAAAUCCUACCAGGGAUUUUUAUUUUGGAACCCUGACUGAUGCUCUAGUCGGCCCCUUGGUUCGAGCCUCUCGUCAGAUAUGUCAGACCCAUGUAGGAAAAUGUCUGAAGCCACCACUGGUUCAUACCAAAUACUCUAUUUACUGUAUAUAUCUGGUUAUUAUGAUCGUAUCAUUUUUUACUUUGAAUGCCAGAAACACUCCCAUUGUUUCCAUAUUGCCUAUAACAUAAAUUACAUCAUAUAACACAAAAUAGUACAACAUUUACAAAAUAAUACGAUUAUGAUUUAUAAGUGAUUGAAUUCAGUUAUUCAGUGUACAGGGUACAUUCAACAGAAUUUGGUAGGAAAUCGGUUGUAAUCGAGUUACAUUUCUUUUUUUUUGUAGUGUAGAAAGGGUUAAUUCUCCUGAGAAUCAUAUGAUAAUAGCUUGUCAAUGUCAUACUCUAGUUGAAAAGAUGACCCAUGUGUUUCCAUCACAGAUGAUUACUUUACAUGUUCGCUGCCAGGGGCGCUAUUUCACGUUCCGACAGGGUUUAGUGAGGGCGCCAAGGACACGAGUUCAGUCCACACCUGUCCAUCAUACCGCUGUUGUAUUGCACGUAAACUUCGCCGGCAGUAGUCACCACAACAAGAAAUCUUGCCCUGGAAGUUCAGCGAACAACCUGGAAGUAAUCUAAAAAUUACUAUUCGUGUUUCAUUACUGUUGAUGGGAAUAAUUUUCAUUAUAGUGGCUUCCUUUACACCUUGGCAUCUAGGUAGGAACUAGGAAGAAAUCUUGGCCGCAGUGGUGCCGCCCAGGAUAUGCCAGACGGGGGGUGGGGGAGCGAUUUCCCCCAACCAAAAAAGUGGUCGUGAUCGGGUGUCACUCGAAAUUUUUUGAAAGUGUUCCAUGGGGAAGAAACAUAUGACAAUUCAGGGGUUUUAAAGGCUUUUUAAAUCGAUUUUGGGUAUAAUAUUUUGGUAUAUAAUAUGUAGAAAAUACAUAUGCAUUUUUUUUCUCCCCGACGAAUUAUGGUUUACUCCCCGACGGGCGGUGGGCAGCUCUCCCCGACAGGAGCCCGUUAUAUACACUUUAAUUAAUGGGGAAUCUCUACUCAGGUUGAUCUCAUGCUCAAGAAGAAAUAAUAGAAUUUUAAUAUCAGUACUAUUCUUGCAAGACACUUUUAAAAGAAUUAUGGAUUUUUGUUUGUAUACAUAAAUAGAACAAAAUGAAAUUAUUUGAACAAGGUUAUGCCAUUACAAGUAAAUAUGUGCAUACUAGUAUUACAUUUAUUUGUCACAUAAAAUCUGGUAGUAGGCAAAAAACUUUAGUAUAGAAGAUUAAUUAUUAUUGAAAUUAUGUAAUAUGAUAUGCUUCCAAUGAUUAAUGUCUUCCAUAACCACUUAAGCCAGGUAUACACUGUCAGGUUUGUAAGACUAUACUGAGGUUUGAUCAGACUUUUGGUGAAGUUUGUCAUCAGGCAAUUCGUAGUUUAAACUACAAAUUCAAUCAAUAUGAACAAACAUGCAACAUAGGUUUAUACUACGAGGUCAUCGUAAAAAUAAUGUUUCAUAUCCAAAUAACGAUAUUUAAUUUAUUUGAUUGCUAUUCCCUAAUAUUGUGGUCUAAAAGCACAGAUUGGGCCAUCCUCAGCCAUGAAACCCUAUCAGGGAUUUUUAUUUUGGAACCCUGACUGAUGCUCUAGUCGGCCCCUUGGUUCGAACCUGACCCAGAUAUGUCAGACCCAUGUAGGAAAAUGUCUGAAGCCACCACUGGUUCAUAUCAGGUUUGAUCAGACUUUUGGUGAAGUUUGUCAUCAGGCAAUUCGUAGUUUAAACUACGAAUUCAAUCAAUAUGAACAAACAUGCAACAUAGGUUUAUUUUGAUUGACCUUGGAUAUAGGCAUGUUCAGUUCAAAAUAUAAAUUGUGUUUUUGUUUGAUUUCCAACAUCAUGGAAAGACACAAUUUGUUUGUUCAGACAGUAGAACUCCUAUUUUAAUAGGGUAGACUUUGGGACCAAAAUGUUGUCCCCUUAAUAGAGGUAUCUCCUGGACAUAGUGUUGAAACAUAAUAUAGUGUUACUCAUUUCAUGGCUAAAAUGUGUCCCUUUAAAAAGGGGCUUCCCUUUAAUAGGUGUCUCCCCUUAAUAAUAGGGGUUUCCCUUUAAAACUGGUGUCCGAAUGCAGGGGUUUGACAAUAUGUCUAAAACAUUACGAUCAGUGUCCUUACACGUUGC